CAGUCUCCAGAGGUAACUAGUUCCAAGCCUCUUAUAAAUAACACAAAUCAGGAAAAAAAAUGAGAGCAAUUCCCCUCUUUUUUUUAAUUGUCCCUCUUGUUAUUUCCUCUAGAAUUGACACAGAAUUUUCCUCACUUGAUUCUCUUCCUCCAGAGCCAAAAUCAAGAUUUGCUAUGCUGGAUGAUGUAAAAAUCUUAGCCAAUGGCCUCCUUCAGUUAGGACAUGGUCUUAAAGACUUUGUUCACAAGACGAAGAGUCAAAUCAAUGACAUAUUUCAAAAACUUAACAUUUUCGACAAGUCUUUUUAUGAUCUCUCACUACAAACCAAUGAGAUCAAAGAAGAAGAAAGAGAACUCCGAAAAACAACGUCCAACCUUCAAGCCAAAAAUGAAGAAAUGAAAAAUGUGUCCCUGGAGCUGCAUUCAAAGCUUGAGGAUCUCUUAGAAGAAAAGAUUCAACUCCAAGAGAAAGUGAGGUCCUUGGAAGAGAAGCUCAUCACAUUAACUCACAGCCAACCCGAAGGCCAAGAACGUCAAGAAGUGACCUUCCUCAAAACUUUUGUAGAACAGCAAGACCUCAGCAUCAAAGAGCUUUUCCAAACGGUCCAAGAGCAGUACCAGCAGCUGACCAGGCAGCAUGGCCAAAUCAAGGAGAUGGAAAACCAGCUCAGAAAGACGGGUUUUCAAGAAACCACAGACAAUUCCAUUUCUUCAAAACAAAGAGCACCAAGGACCGUUCCUUCCCUUCAACCCAACGGAACAAAGCUGGCAGAACAAGAUGAUGUGCUGGGUGACUGCGCUGCCCUUUACGAUGGAGGUCUGCGGUCCAGCGGCAUAUAUACCAUCAAGCCCAGCCAAUCCGAAGUCUUCGACGUCUACUGUGAAGUGAAGUCAGGUAGUUCAUGGACAGUAAUUCAGCACCGUAUGAACGGAUCACAAAACUUCAAUGAAACCUGGGAGAACUAUCAACAUGGCUUUGGGAGUCUUGAUGGAGAAUUUUGGUUGGGUCUAGAGAAGAUCUACUCCAUAGUUAAGCAAUCCGAUUACAUUUUACGAAUCGAGCUGGAGGACUGGAAAGACAACAAGCGCUACAUUGAGUAUUCCUUUAGCCUGGGAAGUAGAGAGGCAGACUACACACUGCACCUGUCGGAGAUUCUAGGCAACAUUCCCAACGCAAUUCCUGAACACAAAGACCUCGUGUUUUCCACCUGGGAUCACAACGCAAAGAAAUACUGGAACUGCCCAGAAAGUUAUUCAGGUGGCUGGUGGUGGCACAACGUGUGCGGAGAAACCAACCUGAACGGCAAAUACAACAAGGCACGGGCCAAGGGCAAACCGGAGCGGAGAAGAGGCCUGUACUGGAAGUCUCACAAAGGAAGACUCUAUUCCCUCAAGACAACCAAAAUGUUAAUCCACCCAACAGACUUAGAAAGUUUUGAAUGAACACAGGCAAGUUUCCAAAAAGCAAUAAACUGAACAUUAAACUCAA